AAAAAAAAAAAAAAGAAAAAGAAAAAAAAAAUAAACAAAUAUACAUCUUUUUUUUCUUUUUUUUUUUUUAUAUUAACAUAAAGAAAAAAAAAAAAGGUCAUGGAUGAAGCCAUACUUGCAGAUAUUCUGGACAUGAUUCAUCGUCCUGUCAGUUCAGAACUACUUUCUCACGUAACUACGCAGGCGUCGUUAGUGAUUCCUUGUCAACCCAGUGUCACAAACAACAGCAGUAGCUUGGGUCAUAGUAAAUACGGUCCACUUCCUUCUUUAGCCUCCUUUAUCGGAUUUCUCGUCAAACGAUCCUCCGUACGUACGGGUACCCUCUUGGGUUCACUUGUCUUCUUUCAACGACUUCAACAGACACUUUCUACCAUCGCUAAAGGGAUGCCAUGCACUUCUCAUCGUAUCUUUUUAGCAACCCUGAUUGUCACUUCCAAGGCCUUGCAUGACACCUCACCGAAAAACAAACAUUGGGCGAAAUAUGCAGCUUAUUUUACACUAUCCGAAAUCAAUCUGAUGGAAAAGCAAUUGCUUUCUCUCAUGAAUUAUCAUGUCUCCAUCUCUCCUGCAGAGUUAUCAAAUGCUUAUUAUCGUUACAAGUCAACUUCUACUAUCCCUAUCGUUAUUAAAAGACCGGAAGCUGCAGCGGCUCUCCAUGAUGCAGAUAUCCCUACGUAUGCCGCCAUGUAUUCUGGACAACCGGGUCUCAUCAAUGAUUCCUGCGGAUCCUUGUCUUCCGUCGAUUCCGUCGCUACCCAAGAUGAUCAAGAUGCUACCGUAAAUUAUUACAAGACCGAUGAACCUCCUAAAGCUCAUUGUCGACAACGCAAUCCACCCAUGAUUGAAGCCAGUUAUAAUCCAUUUCUGCGUCAUUAAUUUUUUUUUUUCUUCUUACCAAACGUCGGGGUUCCGCCGCCCCCCCCCCCGACACAUGCAUGUUUUUUUUUGUUGAUCAAAAAAAAGGCUCUUUCAUAAUAAAUAAAUAUAAAU